CCGGUCAAGCAAGCCGCCUCCGGGGCAGCAACCGGUCGUCUCUUCUUCCUUUCUGCGCCAGUAUCCGUCUCGAGAACAACAGAAGAAGCAAGCGCUGGGCCCCUUGCUCUUUUCCUUUGCCCUCUCUGAUACAGUGCAAUGACGGCCUGGGCUGCGGUGCCGGCGCGGACCCCGGCGAGGGUCGAGCCGGACCCCUCGCUGGACCACAGGAGCACAACGAGGGACGUCGCCGUCGUUCGGCCCGCACACCUCGUCCAGCAGCUUUUCGGCGAUGGGAGGAAGGAUGAAGAGGUACUCUAUGUCUCAGCCCAGACGACCUCCGAUCGAGCCAGCGGUGACGAGAGUAGCGAUGGGUUGGCGAGUCUCAUCUUCCGCGUCGAGCCCGCUCAGCCCAACGGCACGGCGCAUACACACCUCAAUGGGACUGCAGGAGCGGAGGAAAGUGAGGAGAAGGAAGAGGAGCAGCAGGCUACAAUAUCGAUUCCUGCUUCGCUCGCUGCGCGCUUCGUCGACGCGGCCGAGACAACGAUUGGACGUCACCAUCCCAUUGUCCUCACCCACGUCUUUCUUGCCGCCCUCUCGUCCGAAGCAUUCUCCUUUGCCCAGGCUUUGCAGGAGGCCCUCUCGUCUGCGCUCGAUGGUCGCAUCGUCAGGCAGGGCGACCAGCUGACUGUCCAAGGAGCGGCCUUUCGCGUCGUCAUGACCGAGCCCGUGCUUCAGGGUCUGGCUUUGACUGGCCGAGGAGACGAGGCCACAGCAACGGAGAUGUUUGUCACCCUCUCUCACGGCGACGAGGAGGAGCAGGAGGGGGGAGAAAGGACUCUAGUCAACGGUGGCCCUUCUGCCCCGCGUGCGACUCGGGAGGAGGAGGACGUCGCCAUCGACGAGCGUUUCUUGGCCCAAAACGUCCUCGAUGACUUUGCCAGCGAUGUAGGCGAGGAAGACACGGGAGAGGGAGAUGUGUCGAUCUCGGCAGCAACCGCAGCAGCAGCAGCGGCGGCAGCGAGAUUCACGCCGAGACCGCUAGAGAGUCGUGCAGUCGUCAUUGCCGCAUUGGCCAAGAAUGGUGUCGAGGACUUUGACGAGGAGAACUGCGUGCUCCUCGACGAAUCAGGGCUUGCGCACCUAGGUGCCUUUGAGGGCGAUUGGGCGCUUGCAGAGCUGGCGGGGCAGCACAAGUCGAGGGUCGUCAAGCUGUUUGCCGUCCCAUCGCUUCUCGCUCGCAGCAUCGCCUCGGGCUCCCGCUCGACGACUGAUCCUCUUGCAUACCUGUCCCCAGGUCUGCUGCGCAAUCUCUUUGCCGACGCCUCGUUUGAUCCGCUCCGGCCCUAUCCCAACUUGAUCCUGCGUGGGCUCCGGACCAGGGCUGACGGAGGCGGCGACAGCAUUGACGAACAGCAGAAGCAGGGCAUGCCCCUAGCCGACUGCCCGCUCCCGCUGCCCUUUGCAGACGCACUCAGCAUCUCGCGCAUCGCCGGCCCGCUGAGCAUCAACCGCGCCUACCAGCCGCUGUUUCUCAAUGCGCUGCGCUCCUACUUUGAGGGCAGACGGCGGGUCGUCAAGGAGGACGACAUCGUGUCGGUGGCCUUUGACUCGGCAAAGGUCCGGUGGACGAGAUCCACAAACGAGGGCGAAGAGUCGAGCGACGACAAGACGGCCAGUGCGGAGGACAACACCGAGCUCAGCCUGCCCGGGGCAGACGCGGAGAAGGAGCGACCGACGGCGGUGGUCCACUUCCGGAUCAGCAGCCUGACGCCAGAGCUCAACGAGCCCGACGGUGCCGACGACGAAGGGCAGCAGCAAAACGAUCAGGAGUUCCAGCUGGCUCACCGGGCUCGGCUGGGCGAGUUGGGCUGCGUCGUCGACACGAGCUUGACAAAGAUUGUCCAGACGGGCGUUGACAAGACCCGCGUCGCGGACGUGCAGGCCUGGCUCGGCGUCGUCACGGACACGCCCCCGCUGCCUUCGGCCCCGUCACCGCUGACGUCUGAGACGAGCGUGUACGCGACACUGAUGCGCCUCGUCCAAGCGACGCUUCUGCCCCACGCUGCCAGCUUUGGCUUGCACCUCGGUGUGCUCCUCAAGGGCGCGCGAGGCUCGGGCAAGAAGACGCUGGCCCGCUGGGUGGCACAGCGAGCUGGAGUGCACCUCGUCGAGAUCAACUGCUUCGACCUCAUCGCCGACACCGAUGCGAGGACCGAGGGCGUCCUGCGGGCGCGCUUCGAGCAGACUGCCUCGUGCGCCCCAGCGAUCCUGCUCCUGCAGAACGUCGAUGCGCUUGCGCGAAAGAGCCAGGCCCUCGAGACGGGCCAGGAGCCAACGAUGGCCUCUGUGCUGCAGGACUGCUUUGAGGGCUUGCGGCAGGCCACGGCCUCGUCCAACUUGCCCGUCGCGGUCUUUGGCACGACGAGCGAUGCCGACAAGUGUCCGACGGGUGUCCUAGGGUGCUUCAAGCACGAAGUCCAGAUCGACGCGCCCGGCGAAGCACAGCGCCUGGCCAUCCUCGAGACGUGCCUCAAGGGCGCCCCACUCAGCAUCGACGUCAACCUCGCAAGCGUGGCCACGCAGACGGCCGCCCUUGUGGCGGCCGACCUCGUCGAUCUCGUGUCUCGAGCAAAGAUGGCUUCGAUGGAGCGUCUGCGCAAGGUCACUGGCCACCAUGGCCUGCCGGUCCGUGAUGUGGACAUCGUCUCUGCUGGCUUCUGCAUCACGGGCAAGGACUUUGAAGUGGGCCUCAACAAGGCGAGACAGAGCUACAGCGAGAGCAUUGGUGCGCCCAAGAUUCCCAAUGUCACCUGGGACGAUGUCGGUGGCCUCGCUAGCGUCAAGGAUGACAUCCUCGACACAAUUCAGCUUCCCCUCGAGCACCCCGAGCUCUUUUCAGACGGGCUCAAGAAGCGCAGCGGUAUCCUGCUCUAUGGCCCACCGGGCACGGGCAAGACGCUGCUGGCCAAGGCCGUCGCCACGAGCUGCUCGCUCAACUUCUUCAGCGUCAAGGGGCCCGAGCUGCUCAACAUGUACAUUGGCGAGUCCGAGGCCAAUGUCCGCCGUGUCUUUCAACGAGCCAGGGAUGCCAAGCCCUGUGUCAUUUUCUUUGACGAGCUCGACAGUGUGGCACCCAAGCGUGGCAACCAGGGCGACUCGGGCGGCGUCAUGGAUCGCAUCGUGUCACAGCUUCUGGCCGAGCUGGAUGGAAUGGCGUCAGGUGACGGUUCUGGUGAUGUCUUUGUCAUUGGUGCGACCAAUCGGCCUGAUCUACUUGAUCCAGCCCUGCUACGUCCUGGUCGCUUCGACCGCAUGCUCUAUCUCUCCGUCUCGGAGACGCACGCGGCGCAACUCAACAUUCUCCAGGCCCUCACGCGCAAGUUCAAGCUCGACGCCGACGUCGGCGAUCUCUCUUCGAUUGCCGACCAGUGUCCGCUCAACCUGACGGGCGCCGACUUCUAUGCGCUGUGCUCCGACGCGAUGCUCAAGGCCAUGACGCGCAAGGCGGCCGACGUCGACGAGACGAUUGCGGCGCUCAAUGCGGCGCCGCAGGAACAGCGCGACGCCCAGCAUCCCUGGCCCAUCACGCCGCAGUACUACCUCGCCGAGAUGGCGCGGCCCCAGGAGGUCGAGGUCAAGGUCGCCCGUGUUGACUUUGAGGCUGCGCUCCGCGAGCUGGUGCCGAGUGUGAGCGAGCGAGAGAUGGCGCACUACCGCGAGGUGCAGAAGAAAUUCUCGGCACCGAGCACAGAGGAGGAGGUGGUGGCGGCAGGUGCUGGGAAGGGCGAAGGCAAAGAAAAUGGAAAGGGAAAAGGAAAAGGAAAGGGAAAGGCGAUAGAGCAAGGUGGAGGGCAGGAGGAAGAGAGGGAAAGGAUGAUGAGGGAGCUGGUCGAGAGGGCGGCGCGAGAAAUGAACAUCGGAGAAGGCGCUGUUGCGGCAGGGAGCGGCGUUGGGGAUGGGAUGCUGGCCCCGCCGAUUCCCAAGGUAAAUGGAAGCCAUGCUCCAGCUGAUGGACCGGCUGCGGCCUCCAAUGGCACGGUCGAGGAGCCGCAGAGCAAGGAGAAGCCGAACGCAAAGGCGGCGGCUGCAGAGGCCAGACGGAAGGCAAAGGGCAAGGGGAAAGCAAAGGAGUAAAAGGAAAGAGAACAACAUCACGCAUCGCUAGAAGUGCACCCAAAAGGAAUUCAUGUUAUUACACAAG